GCCGGUGACCCGGAUGUUCACUCCUAGGCACCCGGGGAAGUGGAAGCGCCGGGCCCUGCUGCCGCCGCCGCCGCCGCCGCCGCCGGAGGAGAGUCAGACACAGCGGGACCGACCGGGACUGGAAGUGGGGCCGCCGCCAUGAGUGACCAGCAGUUGGAUUGUGCCUUGGACUUAAUGAGGCGCCUGCCUCCUCAGCAAAUUGAGAAGAACCUCAGCGACUUGAUUGACUUGGUCCCCAGCCUGUGCGAAGAUCUUCUGUCCUCCGUUGAUCAGCCCUUGAAAAUUGCUAGAGAUAAGGUGGUGGGAAAGGAUUAUCUUUUAUGUGACUACAACAGAGAUGGAGAUUCCUAUAGGUCACCUUGGAGCAACAGGUAUGACCCUCCAUUGGAAGAUGGGGCCAUGCCAUCCGCUCGCCUGCGUAAGCUGGAGGUAGAAGCCAACAAUGCCUUUGACCAGUACCGAGACCUGUAUUUUGAAGGUGGUGUCUCCUCUGUCUACCUCUGGGAUCUGGAUCAUGGCUUUGCUGGAGUGAUCCUCAUUAAGAAGGCUGGCGAUGGAUCAAAGAAGAUCAAAGGCUGUUGGGAUUCCAUCCAUGUGGUGGAAGUUCAGGAGAAAUCCAGUGGCCGCACUGCCCAUUACAAGCUGACCUCCACAGUGAUGCUGUGGCUGCAGACCAAUAAAUCGGGCUCCGGCACCAUGAACCUCGGAGGCAGCCUCACCAGACAGAUGGAAAAAGAUGAAACCGUGUGUGACUCUUCCCCACAUAUAGCCAACAUUGGACGCCUGGUAGAGGAUAUGGAAAAUAAAAUCAGAAGUACGCUGAACGAGAUCUACUUUGGGAAAACAAAGGACAUUGUCAACGGGCUCAGAUCUAUUGACGCUAUCCCUGACAACCAAAAGUUUAAGCAGUUGCAGAGGGAGCUUUCUCAAGUGCUGACUCAGCGCCAGAUCUCCAUCCAACCCGAUAACUAAGCCGAUCCAGGUCUGUGCAGACUUUUGCAGACAAAUCAAAGCAAGAAGCCCUUAAGAAUGAUCUGGUGGAGGCUUUGAAGAGGAAGCAGCAAAGUUAAAUCCCUCCUCCCGCUAACAACCGCUGUGCACUCACUAGAUUCCUUUCUUAGAGAACUCUGCCUCGCCACCCUCCCCGUGUCACGUAACAGUCCGCAUCCGAGCUGCGCCAGCUCUCCCGUCAAUAAAGCUGUAUAAGCCUUCUCAGUCUGAGGCCCACUUUCCACCACAUCUUCCUCCAAGACCUUCCUUCUGGGCUUCCAAUGGGGAGACCACAAGUUGUUGUUGGGUUGGGUUUUUUGGGGUUUGGUUUUUUUUUUUUUGGUUCUUUCUUCCCUUGAUGUCCCCUUCUCCUCCCCGUCCCCACUCCAUUUCUAGGCAGCAAACACAGUCCAUCUUGUCUGUCCAGCCUGCCCUCCCACCUUUUUGUUACAUUGGUGUAAAAAAUGUAAAACAAAAAAAAUUUAUGAAAUACUGUGGUGUGUGAAAGGAAAAACUGGAAAUCCAAUUCCACGUGUGUGUGGGAGUUGUUUGGGGUGGGGGUGGGGGGAGCCAAGAGGGAUUGGUGAGGGAGGGGAGGCAGCUCUGAGAGGAGGCUGAGGUGGGUCCUCAGUGUUGUUCUCUAGACUCACCCCCAGUCCCAAGGAGACGCUAUUUUCGGGGGAAGGGUGGGGGGGAGGGAGCGGGAAAUCUGCUUUACCGUUCUGCUCUUCUAUCUAGCCUGAAUCCAGGCGCUUUUCUGUCGAUUUUUAUGGAAUGCAAAAAGGGGGGUUUUUUUGUUUGUUUUAUUUCGGUUUUUUUUGUAAAGCUUAAACUGAAAAAAAAAAUUAAAUAAAAAUAAAUCUACAUCUUA